UCUCUCUCUCUAUCUCGCCGACGACGCCAUUGCCACGAAACCAAGCGGGAGCGGAGAAGAAGGCGCCGUCCCUCUCCCAUUCUCAGGCCUCAGCUCGUCGCUGCCCGAUCGGGAUCUGGUCCGGCGAGGAGCGGGAAACCCCUGCGAUGACCCCCGCGCAGGACCCCUUCUACAUCGUCAAGGACGAGAUCCAGGACUCGAUUGACAAAGUACAAGACACUUUUCACCAAUGGAAGCAAACGCCUGAAAACACAGGAGAGUAUGUGCAUCUGACCAAAGAACUUGUAACCAGCUGCGAAAGUGUCCAAUGGCAGGUGGAUGAAUUGGAGAAGGCAAUUUCAGUUGCUGAGCGAGAUCCAGCUUACUAUGGUCUUAAUGAAGUUGAAAUAGGAAAAAGGAGAAACUGGACUAGCAGUGCCCGCAACCAGGUGGUUUCCAUACGGCGGAAUGUUGAAGCUGGAAAACACAAGACUGCCUUUGGUCGUUCAGUCAAUCCUUCUGAACAAAGCAGAUCCAAACAGCACAUUACUCAAGAUAACGAUGAUUUUAUUGCUUCAGAAUCUGAUCAGCAGAUGCUCCUAAUGAAGAGACAGGAUGAUGAGUUGGAUGCGCUUAGUGCUAGUGUCCAGCGAAUUGGAGGCGUAGGUCUCACGAUACACGAAGAGCUCAUUGGACAGGAAAAACUUUUGGGUGAACUAAGCCUUGACAUGGAAACUACUUCCAAUAGACUCGAUUUCGUGCAGAAAAGAGUGGCUAUGGUCCUGAAGAAGGCCAGCCUGAAAGGGCAGAUCAUGAUGAUCGCGUUCCUGGUUGUUCUUUUCGUCGUCCUUUUCGUUCUGGUAUUCCUGACUUGGGGCAUUUCCGUCCGACCGAACAGAAACCCUCGGCCCUGGGGUCCCCUUUAUAUAAGCUCUCCUAGGGUUUACGUGCCCUCUUCCUCCACACACCAGCCUACCCCCAAUCCCCCAUCCGCCGCCACUUCUCCAGGGGAAGGAAGGAUGUCGCACCGUAAGUUCGAGCACCCGAGGCACGGAUCCCUCGGCUUCCUCCCCAGGAAGCGCUGCUCUCGCCACCGCGGAAAGGUGAAGGCCUUCCCCAGAGAUGACCCCCAGAAAAAAUGCCACCUCACUGCCUUCCUUGGCUACAAGGCUGGGAUGACCCACAUUGUUCGUGAGGUGGAGAAGCCUGGUUCCAAGCUGCACAAGAAGGAGACUUGUGAGGCUGUCACCAUUGUGGAGACACCCCCAAUUGUCAUCGUUGGACUUGUUGCCUAUGUGAAGACUCCUCGUGGCCUUCGCACUCUCAACUCUGUCUGGGCUCAGCAUCUCAGCGAAGAUGUGAGGAGAAGGUUCUACAAGAACUGGUGCAAGAGCAAGAAGAAGGCUUUCACCAAGUAUGCUCUCAAGUAUGACAGUGAUGCAGGCAAGAAGGAAAUCCAGUUGCAGCUUGAGAAGAUGAAGAAAUAUGCUUCUGUUGUCCGUGUUAUCGCCCAUACCCAGAUCAGGAAGAUGAAAGGGUUGAAGCAGAAGAAGGCUCACCUCAUGGAGAUCCAGGUCAACGGUGGCACCAUUGCUGAUAAGGUGGACUAUGGCUACAACUUCUUUGAGAAGGAAGUCCCCAUUGACGCUGUGUUCCAGAAGGAUGAGAUGAUUGACAUCAUUGGUGUUACCAAGGGUAAGGGAUACGAAGGUGUUGUGACACGUUGGGGUGUCACCCGCCUUCCCCGCAAGACCCACAGAGGUCUCCGCAAGGUUGCCUGUAUCGGUGCCUGGCAUCCUGCUAGGGUUUCCUACACUGUUGCCCGUGCUGGUCAGAAUGGAUACCACCACAGAACUGAGAUGAACAAGAAGGUUUACAAGAUUGGCAAGGCUGGACAGGAGACCCAUGAUGCCUCCACUGAGUUUGACAGGACCGAGAAGGACAUCACCCCCAUGGGCGGCUUCCCCCACUACGGUAUUGUGAAGGGUGACUACCUGAUGAUCAAGGGCUGCUGCGUCGGCCCCAAGAAGCGCGUGGUGACCCUCCGCCAGUCCCUCCUGAAGCAGACCUCGCGUCUGGCCCUCGAGGAUAUCAAGCUCAAGUUCAUCGACACAUCGUCCAAGUUCGGCCACGGCCGUUUCCAGACCACCGAGGAGAAGCAGAGGUUCUACAACAAGCUCAAGGCCUAAUCCAGUUGAGCGUCCGAUAUAUCAUUUUGUCAAAAAGAAAACGAUCAUCAUCGCCUGAUACUAGCUACAUUUCCCCCCGCCCUAAGUUUUGUAGUGGAUGUUUUAAGGAUCUGUCUAUCUAUGAAUUUCAGAGUGCUCUGUGAUUGUGCCUGUGGAGUUUUAACUGUUGGAAAUCUUGGGUGAACAUUUUUAUUUGAAAGGAUCCCUGCAAUAAUAUCAAGGUGGAACUGAA